UUAAAUCCUAUUCAUAUAAAUCUUAUCUUGAUAUAAAUUUUACAACUAUGUCAAAUUCAAUACUAAUGUUGUGUUACUGUUUCCUGGCAACAUGUAUACUAGAAUAUACCAGUGUUCAUCUGACAAUAUGGCAAUUUCUAAAGAAUUGAUAAGUGCCUUACUUAAUAAAAAUGUCUAAGAGAAUAUUUUGUUGAUAUAAUUUAUUAAAUAAUUAAAAAAAUUAAUUAAGCGUGGUGAUAGUACCAAUGGUGAUAGAAAAAUAAAAACAAAAACUCUUCCUGCUCAAUACAAUGGAAUUACUUGUGCUAGUGAAAUAGUUGUCAAUGAACAUGACAGGAAGAGGUUUUUUUGUUAAAAUACAGCUUGAUCUUCGCGCUGUAACUUGUCCCGGUGUCUGGUUAUGUCCAAAUGGAAAAAUAUCUUUAAAAAUUAAUACUCUGAAUUCUAAUAGAGUGUCUCAUAGAAUUACACCAGUUUUUCCAUUAUUAUUUCAUGAAAAAUUUACAUUUGAAAAAAUGUUUUUUCAUGUAAUUUCUUUAACAGAAUUACAACAUAGCCUGGAACAAGAAUUCUUUUUUGCAGAAUUAGUACAAUGGGUUACACCGUCUGGUAGAGAAGUCAUUUUAGCUACAUUUGAAACAAAUUUAGUUGAUUUAUUAUACCCUACAUCAUGUCUCAAAGACCAAUUAGCUUGUGUAGAUAUAGAUUUACUUAUGGAAUCUACUAAAUAUUUUCCUGGUAUAAUAGCACCUAAAAUUGAAGUGUCUACAAAAACAAUUAUAGAAGGAAUUAUAGACAUAAAUAAUAUUAAGACGUCAGGGAUACAUAUUAUUAAUCCAAAAACAAUAAACUCAAAGAAUACUUUGCAGAAUGUAUCAUGGAUCAGCAAAAAACGACCAGUCAAGGGUAUUAUCAGACAAAAAAGAGUUUGUCAUAGUCAAGAAAUAAUUAAAGAUCAAAAUUAUCAAUUAUCCCAACAAAAAUCAAAUAAUAAGUUAAACUCAUAUACAUAUCCUAUUAAAAGAAUACAAUGUCCCAAUGAUCAAUAUUGUUGUGCAGGAAAAAGAUUUAUUUGUGAUUGUGAACCAUGUUAUUCAGAAAAAAAAUCUAAACCCUUAGCUUCAUAUAAUGAUUUACAUACUUAUGACAAAUGUCCCGUUUGUUUAAAAUAUAAAUAUUACUUUUCUAAUCAAAAUGAUCCAACUAAUACUGCGCAAAGUUAUAAUAUUUAUUGUAAAAAGGAUUUGUUAAAAGACCAUCAUUUCUCUAAAUGUAUUUAUCAGUUUUCUAAUGAUCAAAAUGACAAUAUUAUCCAAUCUCCAAACAAUGUACAUACAGCACAAGAAGAACCAACAGUAUCGAUGUUAGGAUCGAAAGUAAAAACGGUAGAUAACGUAAAUGAAACCUAUCAUAAAUGCGAACAAAAUCAAUUGAAAGAUUUUUACAAAAAUAUGGAAAAAUUUUAUAAGAGAAUGUAUGAACAAGCAAGAAUGCAUGCUGAAGAAAUUGAUCCAUAAAGAAUUGACAUGCAUCUAUCAUGCAUUUUAUAUUAUGAUGUCGUGAUAAAAAUUGGACCUGUGUUAUUGAAAUAUUUGUUUUUCUUAAAAAAUAAAUAUUAGUACAAGCAGAAUUUUAUAACUAGAAGACCACAAUAUCAUGUAUUGUGGUAUUAUAUUACAGUAUUAAUUUUUCAUGUUACAUUCUUCAAUGUACUAUAUACAUAUUUACAGACUGGUGUACCUGCUACCCUUGCACCACGAUGAGUAACAGAUUUUUUCAAGAGAGCUGGUAUUCUUAAAUGAAUACCUCGCGCACAUGGAGUCCAACCUUGUAACUUAACUUUUUCAUUUUCUUUGGCAGUGAUUGCUAUCCAACCUAUAGAAAUAUAUUUUAAUAUUUUAUGAUUUUCAAGUAAUUUGUAAUAUUUUAAUUCAUUAAAUUAAUAUUAUAAUAUUUUUCAUUUACUUAAUCGUUCAUAUUGUAUACAUAGAAUUACCUGCAUUUGAUAAAACAAUAUCUGCUGCAGACUCUAUUUUACUGACACCUGUUAUUUCAAACUGUUUUGACUGUAAGAGAGGCCAUACUUUCAAUCUCUGCGGAUUAUUUAUAGGCACAACCAAAGCUUCUGUGUGUAAUAAUUCUUUAUAUAAAUAAUCUGCAUCAAUGACACGGCACAUUGUGAUAGGUAAUUCGUCGCUUGCAAAAAUUGUACAUCU